AUGUACAGCUUUAUGGGUGGAGGAUUGUUCUGUGCAGGAGUGGGCAACAUACUCCUUGUGGUUUCUACAGCAACCGAUUACUGGAUGCAGUACCGCCAAUCUAGCGGCUACAUGCACCAGGGCCUGUGGCGCUAUUGUAUGCCUGGGAAAUGCAUGAUGCACACAGACAGCAUUGCAUACUGGGAUGCUACCAGGGCUUUCAUGAUCCUUGCUAUUUUGGCUUGCUUCUUUGGGCUCAUCAUUGGCGUAAUGGCUUUCAUCAAUUACUCUUCCUUUGAUGGCUUUGAUAAAACCUUUGCUGCUGGCAUUCUCUAUUUCAUUUCAUGCUUCUUUGUGCUGCUGGCCAUGGCAGUUUACACUGGAGUGACUGUGAAUUACUAUGGUAAACGAUACGGCAACUGGCGGUUCUCCUGGUCAUAUAUAAUGGGCUGGGUGUCCGUCGUGCUCACAUUUUUUUCAGGUAUAUUCUACAUGUGUGCCUACCGGAUGCAUGAACCCAGAAGUGCUAACACCCGUUGA